AUGGCGGACACCAUUUCGAUCCUGGUUGCCACAGACAACCAUGUGGGAGCCCACGAACGAGAUCCGAUCCGUGGCGACGACUCCUGGAAGACGUUUCAUGAAAUCAUGUGUCUGGCAAAAGAACGAGACGUCGACAUGGUGCUUCUUGCCGGGGAUCUGUUUCAUGAAAACAAACCGUCGCGGAAGUCCAUGUACAAUGUCAUGCGCUCGUUACGGCUAAACUGCCUGGGAGACAAACCCUGCGAGCUCGAAAUGCUCAGCGAUGAAUCAGAGCACUUUGACGCCACGUUUGAUCACGUCAACUACGAAGACCCAAAUAUCAAUGUCGGGAUUCCCGUCUUCUCCAUCCACGGUAACCAUGAUGAUCCUACCGGAGAUGGCCACUAUGCCGCGCUGGACCUGCUCGCUGUCUCGGGUCUCAUCAACUACUACGGCAGAACUCCCCAAAGUGACAACAUUGAGGUCAAGCCGGUCCUGAUCCAAAAGGGUAGCACGAAGCUCGCAUUGUAUGGCCUCUCCAAUGUACGGGACGAGAGAAUCUAUCGCACGUUUCGUAACGGCAAGGUCCAGUUCCACCGACCGAGCACGCAGAUGAGUGAUUGGUACAACCUAAUAUGCGUCCACCAGAACCACCACGCCUACACAGAGACAUCCUAUCUUCCUGAAAACUUCUUACCAGACUUCCUCGACUUGGUGGUUUGGGGCCACGAACACGAGUGUCUCAUCGAGCCUCGCGAGAACCCGGAAAUGAAUUUCCAGGUCAUGCAGCCAGGUUCAUCAAUCGCCACUUCCCUCAUUCCCGGUGAAGCGGUUGCAAAGCAUGUUGCAAUCGUCACAAUCACGGGCCGAGAGAUGAAAUCCGAGCCGAUUCGACUAAAGACUGUGCGUCCAUUCGUUUACAAAGACCUGGUUCUCAGCACCGACAAGGAGGCCGUGAGGAUCGCCAAGCGUAAGGAGGAGCAUCGGCCGGAACUCACUAGAUACCUGAUCAGUAUUGUUGAGGGACUGAUUGAACAGGCAAAGGCCGAAUGGCACGAGGCACAAACGGAAAGACAAGCCGAGGACGAGGAGGAGGAUCCAGAAGAAUGUCCCCUACCGUUGGUCCGACUUCGCGUCGAGACGACACCUGCCGACGGGGUGGGCAAAUUUGACGUAGAGAACCCACAACGGUUUUCCAACCGGUUCAUUGACAAAGUUGCCAACACGUCUGAUGUUGUCCAAUUCCACGUCAAAAAGAGGAAUGCAGCAGCUCGCAAAGCUCGAGACGCAGAAGCGGAUCGAGAGGUCAUGGCCAAAUUCCAGGGAAUGGAGAACAUCAAGGUUGAAAAACUGGUCCGGGAGUUCCUCCAAGCGCAGUCUCUGACGAUCCUACCCCAGAACUACUUUGGCGACGCGGUGACUCAGUAUGUGGAAAAGGACGAUAAACAUGCCAUGGAGAUGUUUGUGAAUGAAUCCCUGGCCGAUCAGAUCAAGAACCUGGUCAAGAUGCAAGCUGAUGCAAACGAAGACGAGGACGACGAGGAUCUUGCCGCGCAGAUCAACGAGCAACGAGCGAAGAUGGAAGAAAUGUUUGCUAAAGGCAUGCUCAAGGUCUCUACCAACAAAGCCCGCUUCAGGCGGAAACCAGAUGAUUGGGACAGCGAUCUGGGAGGCCACUGGGAAGAACAGCCUGCUGCGCUGCUUCGCUCGUCCGAGGAACCGGAAGACAACGAGGACGAAGAAGAAGAAGACGACGACGACGUGACGCCCGCCCCUCGUAGCACUGCCACCAGCCGAGGAAGAGGCAGAGCUAGAGGUAGAGGUGGCAGAGCAGGCGCAGCUACAGCGUCGACCCGGAAACCCACCACCACAUCCAAGAAACCUGCGGCGACCAGCGGCCGAGGGCGCAAGAAAAUCGUUCUUGACGAAGACGAAGACGAAGACAUUCUCAUGCUCGACGACGACGAGGAGGCAGAAGAAGACAACUCACAAGCUCUCUUCUUCCCCGACAAGCGCAAAACCGCCACGAGCACAAACACUCGAGGCCGCACCACGACACCCGCGUCAUCAAGUGCCAGGGCAAGGAAGGCCGUCUCGCCAGCGACGAAGAAGCCUCCUGCUCGUACCGCGGCGACGAGGACGAAACAGGCGACCUUGAACUUCACCAACUCGCAGAACAGCAUCCUGGGGAAUGGACGAGGCACGGGAAGGAGUCAAAGCUACGACAUUGAGGACGAGGACGACGACGAGGACGACGACGCCUUUGAAGUGGCUCCUGCCGCGAGGAAGAGACGGUAA